UUCUUCAUCUCUCUCAUUUCGAUCUAUUUUCAGACCUCUAAUCUAAUGGAGUUCAUAGCUGUUGAACCUACAAUAUGUUUGAGAUCAUCUUCCAAACGAAGGAAGACGGUCGUCGACGGUGGUGACGAUCGUCAUUCCGUCGUCAAUUCAUGUCCUCAGGAUCACUCGCUUCUAACAGCUCCCGAUGAUGCAUCAAGUUGCUCGAGCGAGAUCCAGCUUCUUCGAGAAUUCAGAUCCACAGAAUUGAAAGACGUUUCAAAACAAUCUGAUCAUAAUUCGGUAGCUGAUAGUCUCUCGAUCGGCAGUUUCAGUACUGGAGAAUCGAGUCCUUCUAUCGAGAACAAGAUCAGUAGGAAGCGGCAAAUGGAGUCGGCACCUCCAUUAAAGAAAUCUAAACCGAAGUCGUCUACAGAGAUCCGAAGAAAUUUUCCUUCUGCAAAGAUGCCUCCAAUGGAGGAGAUCGAAAGUUUCUUCUCCGCAAGUGAGUUGUUCGAGAAAAAGAGAUUCUCAGAAAAGUACAAUUUCGAUGUGGCAAAAGACGUUCCUCUUGAAGGCCGUUACCAGUGGGUUCAAAUAAAACCGUAAAAUUAAUCUGGUAAGAAUAGGUUUAGUAGAUUUGUAUUGUUACGUAUGAUCUGGAAUUUAAGUGAAGAAGAAGAAGAAGAUGUAAGAAAGUGAUGAUAGCUAGGAGAAAUAUGUAGUGUCUUAGUUUUGAGAUGCAAUCAAAAUCGAAUCUGAAACUGCUGUUUCGUUUUGGUUUUGCCAUAUCCACUACUGUAUUUGCUUUGCAGUACAAAAAUAUGCAAGAGAUAGGAAGCUUCUUUGAAUAUGAAUGAACAAUUUAAUAGUGGAUGGGAACAAAAUCAUGCACAUUAAGUGCCAAAAAUCGUUACUCUAUUUUCUGUUCUUCUUCUAUAAUUCAUGUGGUCCCAUAAGGUAGCAGCAGCAGCGGAUGUUGUAUUUCUAGGUAACUAACUAUUUGGUAUAAAUAAA